UUUCGAUAGUUCCGUGAGCUCGUUCUAUUCGAUCCAGCAGCGUAUCAUGCACUAUUCUUCGCUGUAUCCGCAGGAGCUACCCUGGAAACGCUGGCUGCAUACGGCAAAUUUUAUUUUGAUAUUUGGUUUCUUUAUAAUGGUGCUCAAUCUGCUGUUGCUGAUGUAUAUUGUGAUCAAUAUUGGCGACAUGAAUGAGGUGAUCAAAGGUUUCUUUCUGCUGGCCACCUGCGUUGCCUGCGCCCUGAAGAUAUUGUCGCUUAAGUUCAAUAUUCUAGAGCUAGAUCGACUCUUCGCCCAUAUGCAUGAUGCUGAAUUUAAGCCUCUCAGCCUCGAGGAGCAACGCAUCUUUCUCAACGCCCGUCAGCUCAGUCGCACCACGCGCAAUUCCUAUAGCACCGUCUCGCUCUGCUCUCUGGUAACCAUGCUGCUAACUCAGUACGCCAUCGAUAAUACCCAACUGCCGUUGGCCACCUAUGAUCCGUUUCAUGGGGAGCGUGGCUCGUUUGGCUUCCGCUUUAUGUAUGUUUAUCACUGUUGCGCUCUGUCCUCGGCCUGCUUUCUGAACAUCACCUUCGAUUCGCUGUGCUGCUCCAUAUUCAUAUUUAUCCGAGGCCAAUUGGAUAUCUUUGCCUUGCGUCUGCAAUCCAUUGGAAAGGGCCUCCAGUCAGAGAUGGCCACGGAUGCUGAAAUGCUGCUGCAGCUGAAGCGUUGCAUUCACUAUCACAAGAAAAUCGUUGAGCUAACAGCCGAUAUGGAGGCCAUUGUCUAUAAGCCCAUUUCGGGUCAGAUAUUUUGCUCUGUGCUGGUCCUAACCGCCAAUUUCUAUUCCAUGUCACAGUUAACUGACGAGACGCUGUUGCUGCUCAAGAUGUUGAUCUAUCAGAACUGCAUGCUCACACAGAUCUUUAUAAUCUGCUACUUUGCGGGUGAGAUUACCGAGCGCAGUUAUGGCCUGCCCCACGACCUAUACAAAUCCAAUUGGGUUGGCGCGCAUCGCACGAACCAGCGGCUGCUGCUGAUGCUGAUGCAGCGCCUGGACCUGCCCCUGCGAAUCAAAACAUUGAACAGCAGCCAUUCCUUCGACCUGAUGCUCUUUAGUUCGCUCAUUACCUCAAAUGUCCUUGACUCGGCGAGCCUUUAUAAAGGCUCUGCAGCUGGGAUUCUGAUGUCGGAACAUCAUGAAAUCACGUCAACUUUCUAUAAAUAUCAAGUAUGGUAUUUCAAUUUUCUGGGCGUGUGGCAAGUGCCGAGGCAUGCCACACGCUGGCAGCGCUGCUUGCAUCAACUGCGCUUCUGCCUCAUCCUCAGCAUUGUGGCCAUCAUGCUGCUCUUCUUUGCGAUACGCGUGCUGGCCAACAUCGACCAAUUGAAUGUCAUUCUGCAAGUAUUCUUCAUGUUUGCCACCGAGGUGUCGUGCAUGUCCAAGCUGCUGAGCAUCAAGCUUAGGAAUCGUAAUCAUGCCCGGCUCAUUGAGGCAAUGCAUUCGUCGUGCUUUCGUCCCGGCUCCAAGAAGGAAGCGUUGAUAUUUCGCCGCGGCGCCGAGCGUUCCAUCAAGUUGCGGAAUUUCUAUGCGUGCACAUCGCUGUUGGCCGCCAGCCUGAUCCUGGUCAUGCAGUGGUUCGUCGACAACAAUGCUCUGCCCCUGUCCAUGUACGAGCCGUGCGAUCUGCUCAGCUCCGGCUGCUACUAUGGCCUCUAUUUCUAUCAGGUGAUGUCGCUGAUGCCUACCUGCUGGCUGAACAUUGCCUUUGACUCGAUCGCUCCUUCGUUGCUCUACUUUCUGGAGACACAACUGGCCAUGUUGGCCUCCCAUUUGGAGAGCUUGGGCACGGCCGAAACAGACGAGGAUAAUCUGAGAAUAGCUCGGGAGCUGCGCAAUUGUUGCGUUCACUAUGCUCACAUUUUUCAGCUUAAGGAUCUCGUCGAUGGCUUCAUUAAGGUGCCAGGCUCGGUGCAGAUGCUCUGCUCCGUUCUGGUGCUCGUCUCCAAUUUCUAUGCCAUUUCGAUUAGGACGAAGGAAACUGCUUUUAUGAUCAUGAUGGCAUCGUAUCAGUUUGUUAUGUUGCUGCAAAUCUUCAUUAUUUGCUAUUCGGCCGAUGAGAUGAGCUAUCGGAGUGCAGUGCUAUCCCAUUCACUAUAUAGCGCCGAUUGGACCACUUGGAACAGGAGUAAUCGGAAAUUGGCUUUGCUAAUGAUGUUGCGCUUUAAUGAGCCGCUGCAUAUGCAUACAUUGAAUCACUCUCAGUGCUUCAAUUCUACUACUUUUUCAUCCAUUGUGAAUUGCUCCUACAGCUAUUUCGCUUUGCUCAAGCGUGUGAACAGUUAAGCUUGCCGCCAAUCUUUGAAUUUUAAACACUUAUCGAUAAGCGAUAAGUUGACGAUACUCUUGAUAUUCAUUGCUAUUAUAGUUUUUACGUUCAUUUUUAGCACGUUUUUGUAGCAGCACAAUAAAUGCACUAAAAUAUACCGAUGUACU